GUUCUUCUUCGCGACCCGGACCCUUUUUCAGGCGUGACGUCUGGCGUGUGACUGCUGCGUCAGUCAAGCCCUGAAGGUACGUGUCCGUUGCUAAUCUGCACACGGCGCAUCACAUAUCCUUCGUCUCUACGAGCAUUCCGUUCAUCAUGUCCUUUCCGCCCCCUCCAGGUCUAAACCAAACUCCGUCGUCGCUCCCUCCGCGACCACCACCGCCUGCCAGUACCGCGUCGUCUGCAUCCCGCCAACCCGCAUAUUCGGCGGCUCCGUCGUAUGCGUCGUCAGGUACCAGCAGUGGAUAUGGCGGAAACGGGCCCCGGCCAGGAUACAAUGCCUUCACCGCAUUCCAACCUCGCACCGUAGCCUCGAGCCAGUCCUACCGAACCAAUAGUCCCGCCGUGUCCGCUCCGCCAGCUGCGUCGGCCGGAUACUCCACCCCGACUACCACGACCGGCUACGGCAGCUACUAUUCUCAGCCCCAGCAAACCUACCAGGGAGGGCCAUCGUACUACGGGUCCGCCCAGUACAAUGAGAAUUCGUAUGGCCCGUCCGUGCCACACAUUCAGAACCCCUUUGCUCCGGGAGGUGAACAUGGCCCGCGAGGGAAGAACUUCGGGCGCAACGAGUCCGGUUUAGAUCCAGAAAUGGAAGCGCAGAUCGCCCAGUGGCAGAGCGCCUACGCGAACAAGGACGAAGCCUCCUCCAUGGGUAAGAUCCCCGGCCGCCCGGAUAGGAAUCCCGCUAUGCCCGGAGCCCCCUCCGGUGCGAAUACCCCCUCUGGCAGCACACCCACCGCCGCGACUCCGGUGCCCAUGCCCGGCCAUUCCGAGCAAAACCCCAAGACUGUCGCCCGUUCCGGCGGCGGUCAAAACUGGACCGAUUCGACCUUGCUGGAAUGGGAUCCGGCGCAUUUCCGCCUGUUCGUCGGAAACCUCGCGGGCGAGGUUACGGAUGAUUCCUUGCUGAAGGCAUUUGCCAAAUAUACGUCGGUCCAGAAAGCGCGAGUGAUCCGCGAUAAACGCACUCAGAAGAGCAAAGGAUACGGAUUUGUCAGUUUCAGCGACGGCGACGACUAUUUCCGGGCCGCCCGAGAGAUGCAGGGCAAGUAUAUCGGAUCGCAUCCGGUCUUGCUGCGCCGAGCCACUACCGAAGUCCGCCCGGUCUCCAACUCGAAGAACGGCAAGAAGAACGGCGGCUCGGGCGGUGGCCACGCCGGCGGCAAAGUCAAGCACGACGGAGUCAAGAAGCCGGGUAAAACGAAGGGUGGACUGAAGAUUCUGGGAUGA